AAUAAUUGAUGGGGUUGUUCGUCUGCUCAAUUAGAACCAGAGUUAUCAGAUCUCAAUCUUUAUGGGAGAAUAUUAUAUUCUUCUUCUAGUGGUGUAGCCUUCCAAGCCAAAAGAAGAAUUGAAUUGUUCUUAUGAACACCACAGCUGAUCCUUUCAUUGCUUCUACAGUCCUACAACUUGAGAUUGAUUCCUCUCGACCACUUCAGAAUUUUGCUUUGAAAACCUAUCCAGAAUCUGAUGCUUUUGGACUAUAUUCCCCACUUUUGGACACCAAUUUGAUGGUCUGUAGCUCUAUAUAAAUUUUUGUUUCUCUCUUCUUUAUGCUGCAGUUUGUUUUUUUUUUUCUUUUUAAGUGAUAGAAUGGCCUCCAGAAGAAUUAUCAAAGAGCUCAAAGAUCUGCAGAGAGACCCCCCAACUUCCUGCAGUGCAGGUCCUGUUUCAGAUGAUAUGUUCCAUUGGCAAGCUACUAUUAUGGGCCCUAAUGAUAGCCCUUAUGCAGGGGGUGUUUUUCUUGUCACCAUACAUUUUCCCCCAGAUUACCCCUUCAAACCUCCCAAGGUAGCCUUCAAAACUAAGGUGUUCCAUCCAAAUAUUAACAGCAAUGGGAACAUAUGUUUGGACAUACUCAAGGAUCAGUGGAGCCCUGCUCUCACCAUAUCAAAAGUUCUGUUAUCUAUAUGCUCUCUUCUCACCGAUCCGAACCCCGAUGAUCCGUUGGUGCCGGAGAUCGCCCACAUAUGCAAGAAUGACCGGCUGCGAUAUGAGGCGACGGCUCGAAACUGGACCCAGAAAUAUGCCAUGAAUUAAUUGUCAGUAUCUUCAUCUGAUGAUCAUUGGGAAUUAAUUGCAACUUUCUUAUUUUUGAGUCUUCUUUGGAAUCCUCCAAGAUUCUGCUUCUUGGGGUUUCUUUCUGAAGAGAUGGAGGUUUUGGAUUGAAGUUUAAUAAUGUUAUCAGAUGUAAUAAUGAUGUUUAGGAAAGUCAUGUGUGAUCAUUAAUCUGUGUUUCAGCAUUUGGUGAUUAAUAAAAGAACAAUUUCUGUU